GUUACGGCAGAGUUAGAUGCCUGGAAUGAAGAUCUGCUGAGACAAAUGAAUGAUUUCAAUACCGAAGACCUCACUCUGGCUGAACAGCGUUUGCAGCGUCACACCGAGCGGAAGUUGGCCAUGAACAACAUGACCUUUGAAGUCAUCCAGCAAGGACAAGAUUUACACCAAUAUAUCAUGGAGGUCCAGGCUUCAGGCAUUGAGCUGAUCUGUGAAAAAGACAUCGAUCUUGCAACACAGGUUCAAGAACUGCUGGAAUUCCUUCAUGAGAAACAGCAUGAGCUGGAGCUUAAUGCUGACCAAACUCACAAGAGGUUAGAGCAGUGCCUACAGCUCCGGCACCUACAGGCUGAAGUCAAGCAGGUGCUUGGCUGGAUCCGGAAUGGUGAAUCAAUGCUGAAUGCAAGCCUUGUCAAUGCAAGCUCCCUCUCUGAAGCUGAGCAGCUCCAACGAGAGCAUGAGCAGUUUCAGCUGGCCAUAGAGAAGACACACCAGAGUGCCCUGCAGGUCCAGCAGAAAGCCGAAGUAUUGCUACAGGCGGGGCAUUACGAUGCUGAUGCUAUCAGAGAGUGUGCCGAGAAGGUGGCCCUGCACUGGCAGCAGCUGAUGCUGAAGAUGGAGGACAGGCUCAAACUUGUCAAUGCCUCAGUGGCCUUCUAUAAAACCUCUGAGCAGGUGUGCAGCGUAUUGGAGAGCUUGGAGCAAGAAUACAGACGGGAUGAAGACUGGUGCGGAGGUCGAGAUAAACUUGGACCAGCAGCGGAGAUAGACCAUGUCAUCCCUCUGAUCAGCAAACAUCUAGAACAGAAGGAAGCUUUUCUCAAGGCCUGCACGCUGGCACGAAGGAACGCUGAGGUAUUCCUCAAGUACAUCCACAGGAACAACGUCAGCAUGCCUGGAGUAGCAAGCCAUACCCGGGGGCCCGAGCAGCAAGUGAAAGCCAUUCUGAGUGAGCUGCUGCAGAGGGAGAACCGGGUCCUUCACUUCUGGACCCUGAAGAAGCGAAGAUUAGAUCAGUGCCAACAAUAUGUUGUCUUUGAGCGCAGUGCCAAGCAGGCCUUAGACUGGAUCCAAGAAACAGGUGAAUAUUACCUCUCUACUCACAACUCCACAGGGGAAUCAGCAGAAGAAACUCAGGAACUCCUGAAGGAAUAUGGGGAAUUCAGAGUACCUGCCAAGCAAACAAAGGAGAAAGUGAAGCUCCUCAUCCAGCUGGCUGACAGCUUUGUAGAAAAAGGACAUAUACAUGCCACUGAAAUUAGGAAAUGGGUCACCACCGUUGACAAACGCUACCGUGACUUCUCUCUCAGGAUGGGGAAAUACCGCUACUCACUGGAAAAAGCCCUUGGAAUCAAUACAGAGGAUAACAAGGACCUAGAACUAGAUAUCAUUCCAGCAAGUCUUUCAGACCGGGAGGUGAAGCUGCGGGAUGCAAAUCAUGAAGCCAAUGAAGAAAAAAGAAAGUCGGCCAGAAAGAAAGAAUUUAUUAUGGCUGAGCUGCUUCAGACUGAAAAAGCUUACGUCAGGGAUUUACAUGAAUGUUUAGAGACUUACCUUUGGGAAAUGACAAGUGGAGUGGAAGAAAUACCCGCUGGGAUCCUUAAUAAAGAACACAUCAUCUUUGGCAAUAUUCAGGAGAUAUAUGACUUUCAUAACAACAUUUUUCUAAAAGAGCUAGAGAAAUACGAACAACUGCCUGAGGAUGUCGGCCACUGCUUCGUCACCUGGGCAGAUAAAUUUCAGAUGUAUGUCACCUACUGCAAAAACAAGCCUGACUCCAGCCAGCUCAUCCUGGAACAUGCGGGGACUUUCUUUGAUGAAAUUCAGCAAAGACACGGUCUGGCCAACUCUAUCUCUUCUUAUUUAAUCAAGCCUGUCCAGAGGAUCACAAAAUAUCAACUCCUACUGAAGGAACUGCUAACCUGCUGCGAGGAGGGCAAAGGGGAACUGAAAGAUGGUCUGGAAGUGAUGCUCAGUGUCCCAAAGAAGGCCAAUGACGCAAUGCACGUCAGCAUGCUGGAAGGGUUUGAUGAGAACCUGGACGUCCAGGGAGAGCUGAUUCUUCAGGAUUCCUUCCAAGUGUGGGAUCCCAAGUCUCUCAUUCGGAAAGGCCGUGAGAGGCAUUUGUUUCUCUUUGAAAUCUCUUUGGUGUUUAGCAAAGAGAUCAAAGAUUCUUCAGGACACACAAAAUAUGUUUACAAGAACAAGUUACUGACCUCAGAACUGGGAGUGACUGAACACGUUGAAGGAGAUCCCUGUAAAUUUGCUUUGUGGUCUGGACGAACACCAUCCUCAGACAAUAAAACAGUGCUGAAAGCAUCCAGUAUUGAAACAAAACAGGAGUGGAUCAAAAAUAUCCGGGAAGUCAUUCAAGAAAGGAUUAUCCAUCUGAAAGGAGCUCUGAAAGAGCCAAUUCAGCUCCCCAAGACACCAGCAAAGCAGCGAAACAACAGUAGAAGAGAUGGAGUAGAUGAUGCAGACAGCCAAGGAGAUGGCAGCAGUCAACCUGACACCAUUUCCAUUGCAUCCAGGACAUCACAGAACACAGUGGACAGCGAUAAG